AUGUCAGGGGAAACGCUUCAGCCUAAUGGGUGGGCAGCCCUGAGGCUUCCCAAUGACAACUUAAAGAUUCUGCAGAUUGUUCCCCAUACGACAAUCUCCCUCGGGAAAUACGGCUCCUUCCCGAGCAACCUGAUCAUCGAGCGACCGUUUAACCUGACAUACGAGGUGCAAGACCGGCUGGAGGGCGAGACGUUCUCACGGCUGCGGGUGGUGUCGGCGGCGGAACUCAACGCCGAUGCGCUGGCCGACACGACGGGGGACGUUGCGGCGGCGGCCGAGGCGGAGGCGGCCGAGAACGGGACCGGAUCCGACGACACGGGCGAGGACGAGGAGCUGACCCUCGUGGACCAGAGCAGCGGACAGGUCGUGGCGCGGUCGAAGCGCGAGCUGCUGCUGGACGAGUCGGCGCGGCAGAAGCUGACGCCCGCCGAGAUCGAGGAGCUCAAGCGCAAGGGCGCGUCGGCCGGGCAUGAUCUCAUCGCCAAGCUGCUCCUGUCGCACACGGCCAUCGAGCAGAAGACGGGCUACUCGCUGGCCAAGUACAAGCUGCUCAAGACCAAGAAGUACAUCCGUCGCUUCACCGUCCUGCCCCUCGACGUACCCCUCCUGGCCCACUGGAUGCUCGAGGACAGGGACGCCGCCAAGAUUCUGGAGAUGCGCCAGGAGUCCAUGGCCCUCGUGGGCUGCUGGUCAGACGUGCACUUUACCCCACCUCCCGCCAAGGGCGCCCAGGGCCCUCACGCGGGGAGGUGGCUCGUCGUCGAUGAUACGGCGGGACUACUUACGGCCUCGCUGGCCGAGCGUAUGGGCAUCCUUCACCCCAAACCGGAUCAGGACGACCAGGACGACCAGACAUCACAACUUGAAGACACGACGACGACGACGACGACGACGACGGCAGACGUUCCCCUGAGGCAACAGGAGCAGCAGCAGCAGCCGGGCGAAGAAGUCAAAGCUGUGACCGCCGCCAGGUCCAACAGCAAGCGUCGUAUCGACGACCUCGAGAUCCCGUACGCACCCAACAACAGCCUCACCAUCAUCCACCACAACUCGCAGCCCAACCUCUCCGUCCUGCGCUACUUCGACUUUGACCACUCCGACAUCAACCCGUCCCCGCCCUACCACCCGCUCUUCACCAACCUGACCAGCCUGUCGUGGCUGCAGCUGGUCGCGCCCGAGGAGGACCCCGCCUACGCCGACGCGCCCGCCGAGGUCGACGCCGAGACGCUCGCCUCGUGGAAGACGAACCAGCGGGGCAACUACCACCGCAAGCGCCGCCGCUGGGCUCGCACGAAGCACAUCGUCGACACGACGCUCGCGGGCGGCUUCUCGGGCCUGGCCGUCGCCAGCACCAUGGACCCCGUGUCCAUCCUGAGGCACACCCUCCCCCUCCUCGCUGGGGGCGCCCCCAUCGCCAUCUACUCUCAGACCGUCGAGCCUCUGUCCCAGCUGGCGGACUGCUUCAGCGUGGGCCGCCGUGCCGGCUGGGUUGCCAACCCCCCGCCCGAGACCGUCGGCCAGUCUACCGCCGAGCUGGAGCGCUGGGCCGGCAACGAGGAGUUCCCCAUAAACCCUACCUUGCUGCUGGGCGCGAGUGUCCAGACCAGCCGCGCCAGGCGCUGGCAGGUGCUCCCCCAACGUACGCACCCUCUCAUGACGGAGAGGGGUGGCGCUGAGGGCUACAUCUUUACGGGGUGGAGGGCUGUCCCUGUCGAGGGCAAGAUUGAGGCCAGGGGCAAGUUUAGGCGCAAGAGGGCUUAG